UAAUGAGUCUCCUGCAAUAUUAUAAAAAUACUAUAACAUACUAUAAAAAUGUGAAUUCCAAAUUUCAUUUGAAUGGAAAACGCAUAACCACUGUAUAAUUCGUCCAUUACGUAACUCAAUAAAUCUGUGUCAGACACCCUAAAACCCCCUUUACACUAGACGGCGUCUUUUCUGCGUCCUUUGUGGGACCAUGAAACUGGCAUCACUGUUGUCGUAAUAAAGGAGGCACAAACAUCGAUUUGGUUGCAAUAUGAAUGCUUAAUGAUCGGCCAGUUGUCGACACGUUUUAACUUAAAUGUAUUAUUAUUAUUUUUUGGGGAUAAGGAAAGGACACCGUCUUGUUGUUAACUCAUGCGCGCGCAUAAUCACCAGAACUAUUUUGCACCUUCUAUAUGAGAAUAUUGGGUCCUCUCAAGCAGACGUGAAAGUGCACGCAAAGGUUACUGCAAUUUGAGGAAAGCCUUUUAAAAGCGUCCGCGUCGUGAUGCGAUGGAUCGGGGCGUGUGUGACGGUCAGGCCAUGCUAUAGCCUAGUGUAGGCCUAUGUAAUUAGAUGUUUGAAGUGUAUCAAGACAGAGGCAGGCUGCAGUCAUCGUUCAUUGAGUGAGGGUACCGGGUACGCUGACCAUAGGCUUUAACAGGUGUAUCCCAGAGGCGAGAAAAAUGAGAAGAAACUGGAGGGGAAUAUUCAGUGCAUUGGUUAUUUUGAUGCUGAUUUUUACGGCAAGUUACUUAAAUAAAUACGUAACCUUUAUGGUCACCCAGUCGUCUUCAAAAAGUGUCAAGGUAAACAUGAAUGAUAACAAUGGGAAACAAGAGGAUUCAGGUGUAAAAAUAAUCGGCAGUACGGUGACGUCUGUUCCCGCGUCCUCGUCACUGAAGAACCCAGAUGGAGAGGACAAAGUUAAAACAGCGACAAUGUCCAGUUUGACAGAUAGAAAAUAUGAAAAUACAGAAAGCCUUUCUGCUCGCUUUGUGUACCUCAUUCAAGGCCCAAGCGUUAAAUCAAUUAAGGGACUAAAACAUUCAUCUGACCGUCAGAUUAUCUGGUUAACGUUCGCUGACCGGUCUGGAGACUUUUACUUUCCAAAAAGUACCUGGACACAAGGAAGAAACAUGCUGCUGAGGGAAGCCGUCAGACGGGCUUCCAAACGCGAAGAUGGUGGUUAUUUGUACUACAUAUUUCUGGACGACGACGCAGUAUUACUUCCAUUGCCAACAGGCAAAAAUACUAACAGUUCCUCGACAAGUAGAAACUCAACCAAAGACACGCCGUUUGACAUUUUCGAAAGUUUUCUUCUGGAAUGGGAACCUGCCAUCGGAUAUCCACAUUAUGCAAAGAAUUACAUAGAAAAAGGAGCACGCGUAAAUAUAAAUUUCAAAUUCGAUGCCAUGUUUACAGCUUUUCACAGGCAUUCGCUCUCUUGUGUUUUACCGUAUACCGAGGAACUGGAUCAUAUUUCUUGGUAUUUUUCACAACUUUUUCUUGAUUAUUGGGCAGCCAUGCUAUAUAAUUCGUAUCGAAUCCAGUGCAAUGACGUUCAAGUGACCAACAAACGUUUUCAUAGCAAAAAGGAAAAGGCUUCGAAAGCCGUUGUUUAUCACGAUUCUAUCAAAUUUGAAAUUGCAAAGGCAUUUCAGUUAUCUUCACUGCGGAACGAUACAAAUAACAAUGUCGCCACAAACUUAAUUGGUGUAUUUUCGAAAAAGGAGCCCAUAUUUGCAUACAUCAACGGUUCUGCUACAAAGAAAAAUCAAAUGAACUUUAGAGUUUCGACCAAAUUCAUUUUGGACAAUUUUCGUGCCGACCAUCCGAUAAUACAAAACAUUUUGCGUUGGCGCCGUCUUCCGGAGGUAAAUAAAAUCAUCUACGCGACUCCGGGAAUUCGUCCAGAAAAUGAACCGCAAUUUAUUCCAGACAUCGCUAAGUUGACGUAGUUAGCAAAAAUCUUGUGUGGGAAUGGAGGGUGAGAGAUGAGGACCUGUGAAAAAUGUCGGCUUGCAAAUAUACCUUUUCCCUCGCAAAUUUAUUGUGUCACUGCUCUGACUGCCAUACGAAGUGGUACUUACUGCAAGAAA